UUUCCUCUUUCCUGUCAACGCGAAAGAUUAAAAAAUGAAGACUAUUCUUAGUAACCAAACAGUCGACAUCCCUGAGAAAGUCGACGUUAUCCUGAAGGGGAGGACAGUUACUGUCAAAGGCCCCAGAGGAACUUUGAAAAGGGAUUUUAACCAUAUCAAUGUGGAACUCUCCCUUUUGGGGAAAAAACGCAAGAAGGGCUUUCGUUACAAGAUGAGGUCUGUGUACGCCCACUUCCCCAUCAACGUAGUUAUUCAAGAAACUGGAUCCCUGGUCGAGAUCCGUAACUUCCUUGGGGAGAAAUAUAUCCGACGGGUACGCAUGAGGGCAGGUGUUAAUUGUGCAGUGUCGCAAGCCCAGAAGGAUGAACUGAUCCUUGAAGGAAAUGACAUUGAAUUGGUAUCUAACUCUGCUGCCUUGAUCCAGCAAGCCACAACUGUCAAGAAUAAAGAUAUAAGAAAAUUCUUAGAUGGUAUCUACGUCUCCGAGAAGGGAACAGUACAACAAGCCGAUGAAUAAAACAAGUCCUGACAUGGCAAACUGGGGACAUGACACAUCUUGCAAUAUGGUGUUUCCUAUUUGAACUGAACAGUCUCAGAUUGUUUUGAGAAAAAUAAAAAAACCCUAAUCUUUUAA